AUGGCGGUAACGGCUCUGCCGAAAUCGGUGAGGAGGAGGAAAGAGGGCGAUGCUCUCUGUCGUACUGUGCAGCUGGUCUUUCCAAAUAAAGAAAAGGAUACAGAAAAGCAUCCGUUUGAGAGCCCUGUGCAGGUUGGCAAACUGCAGGACCUUAUCAACCGAAGUAAGAUGGCGAGGUGUAGAGGACGAUUUGUUUGCCCAGUCAUUCUGUACAAGGGAAAGCAUAUUUGCAGAUCAGCAACGCUGGCCGGCUGGGGAGAGCUCUAUGGGCGCACUGGCUACAACUAUAUCUUCUCAGGGGGUUCUGAUGACGCUUGGGCAGAUGCAGAAGACAUUUCAGAGGAGGAUUCUGCACUUAGGUUUGUGUGCAUCACUGGGAUAGGGAAAAGGCAGUUUGGACGAAAGCUGACUGGGCACGACAUCAAGCUACUUCGAUACCUGUCUGUCCGAUAUAUCUGUGACCUGAUGGUGGAAAACAAGAAGGUGAAGUUUGGCUUGAAUGUGACGUCUUCUGAGAAGGUGGACAAAGCUCAACGUUACGCCGAUUUCACGCUUCUCUCCAUCCCAUAUCCAGGCUGUGAAUUUUUUAAGGAGUACAAAGAUCGGGAUUAUACAGCGGAAGGUCUCAUAUUUAACUGGAAACAGGAUUACGUAGAUGCUCCAUUAAGUAUCCCAGUCUCUCUGACCCAGUCUCUGAAUAUUGAUUGGAGUGAGUACCAGAGCUGGGACCUUGUGCAACAGACACAGAACUACCUGAAGCUGCUGAUCUCCAUCAUCAAUAGUGAUGAUGACAGCGGGCUCCUGGUGCACUGUAUAUCUGGCUGGGAUCGAACUCCUCUCUUCAUCUCCUUAUUGCGGCUCUCCUUAUGGGCUGAUGGGCUGAUCCACACAUCCCUGGAGCCGUCUGAGAUCCUCUACCUGACAGUGGCCUAUGACUGGUUUCUCUUUGGGCACAUGUUAGCCGAUCGACUCAGUAAAGGAGAAGAGAUUUUCUUUUUCUGCUUCAAUUUUCUGAAGCACAUCACCUCUGAGGAGUUCUCUGCUGUGAAGUCGCAGAGAAGAAAGAGUUUGCCACCUGGCUUCACCCUGGAAGAAAUCUGCAUGCUCAAGCAGAGAGACCGAGGCAGCACCACAAGUCUGAGCAGUGACUUCUCCCUGGGGAUGGAAAGUUCUCCUGGAGCAGCUGGGAGCUUCACUUAUGAAGCAGUGGAGCUGAUGCCAGCAGGAGCACAGGCUCAAGCAGCAUGGAGGAAGAGUUGUGCAUCGUCACCACAAGCCGUGCUCUGGAGCAGGGCACAGCAGGCUGAAGACAGACUGCCUUCCACGGGGAUGGUCGAAGUCAAGUCCUCCAGCUCCUCCUCAUCAACCCAUUCUGAUAACUUCCUGAGGAUCGGAAGCAGCCCACUGGAAGUGCCCAGAUCCAGAUCGGCGGACCAUUCUCUGCCCGGAUCUUCCGUUUCCACAGACUUUGGCAGCUGGCAGAUGGUGACAGGGUGUGGCAGUAUUCGGGAGCAGGCAAUCCUGAGCGCAGACGCCUCUCUCCCUUGCAGCUUCCCGGAUGAGUUCCCUAGCACUUGCCUGCUGGUGUCGGCGAGCGACCGUGAGUCCCGGCUG